UUCAACGUCGUCAACGUAAUGAUGGGCGUUGGUCUCCUCUCGCUGCCUUUUGCGCUUAAAUCAUCCGGCUGGAUUGGGAUAUUGGUGCUCUGGGUCAUGGGCAUAGCCACCAACUAUACAGCCAAAGCGCUCUGCGAGUGUGCUGACGCGGUCACCAAGCGGCAAGGCGCCGGCAGUGGUCCCGUGGGGUAUGAGGAGAUUGCCGAGGCUGCCUUCGGCCCCUUGGGUCGCCUCAUCAUCUCCGCCAUCAUCUACGUCGAACUCUUUGGCACGUGCGCGUUGCUCUUCAUCCUGGAGGGCGACAACAUGUUCAAGCUAUUUGGAGCCUCCAGCCUCGCGUCCAACCCCUCAACGUACAUGCUGCUGGCGGCAGCCAUCAUGAUUCCGACUGUGUGGCUGCCCGACCUGAAGGCGCUGUCCUUCCUGGGGGCUGCCGGCGUCACGGCCACGUGCACCGUCUCCGCAGCGGUCGCCUACACGUUUCUGUCCGGCAGCUUCACGCCUGGCGCCCCCACGGACCUUGCCAACUGGGCUACCCUGCCACUGGUACUGGGCAUCUGCACCUUUUGCUACAGCGGACAUGGCGUGUUUCCCGCCAUCCAAAAGUCCAUGCAGGACCCCCGGCAGUUUCCUCAGGCGAUGGUGCUUAAUGUGGCCUACCUCGUUGUGGCGAUCCUUUGCACACUCAUGGGCGCCGCCGGGUACUACAUGUACGGCACCGGUGCGCUUGAUCUCAUCACCUUCAACCUGACAGGCGUUCUGGCGGCGGUCUGCGCUUCAGUUAUCCUGGUCAACCCUAUUGCAAAGUUUGCGUUGACCAUGGAGCCUGUGUCCGCAGCGCUGCAGUCGGCAGUCCCGGGCGGUCAGCAGGGCCUUGUACGGCUGGUGGUGCGUACGGUACUGGCGAUUGCGAUCCUGGCAGCGGCGCGCUCGCUGCCGUUUCUGGCGCAUCUGAUGGCGCUUGUCGGGUCGUUUAUGACGAUCAGUGUUUCAGUUACCUUCCCGCCGCUGUGCCAUCAGGUAUCGGGAUUAUCGGAUCGGUCGCCUCGUUUUGGGAUGAGCGUCAAAUGUUGUGUUACGUGCUCGGGUGUCACCAGUUUGCAGCAAGACAAGAAAAGCGUGUGA